AUGGCCUACUUCCUGCCUUCGUUCUUCCAGAAACGAUUGCUGCGCUAUGCUUUGUCUCGCUUGGAGCUAGUUGAUACUGAGGCUCUGGAUCUAGAUGGUUUGGGCAUACGAUGGGGACAGCGCAGCACCGUUGAACUCCGGGAUAUCGGCUUGAAGCUUGAGAAACUAGCUGCGUUACUUCACCUGCCUGCCUCAAGUGAGCUUCGAAGCGCCCGUGUCCGAUACCUGAAAGUCACCAUUCCCGCCGACAUCUACAGUAGCAGUAUCAUAUGCGAAGCCAGCGGUAUCAAUGUACAUCUAAAGCUACUGUCGGAGGAGGCCUGUCCUACGGGGCAAGGAGACGGGGCCUCCAAUUCACCCCAUGCACCUAGCUCUGACACAUUCAUCCCCAACACUGCCGAUCUUGCACAGUCUUUUCUCGAGGCUGAGCCCAAGGAGGAAAAGGACGAGUUGCAAGCCGCCAUCUCCUCUCGGUCCCAGGUUUUGCAACGUACGUCGGCGUCGAUCAGUGAUGAUGAAGAGGAGCUGGGUUUGGGCAACGAGACGGUGUCUCUGCCUAGCUUUGUUGCUGGAUUCCUCAAAGGUGUCGCGGAUCGCUUCCAGGUUCAGGUCGACGAUAUAUCCUUUCGAGUCGAUGUGGAGAUGAAGCAAGAUGGAUCUGUCAGGAGGCAGCCGGAAGACAGACCUGAUCUGAUCACUGCACUGUUGACUGUUGGUCAAGUGAAGGUGGACGCUAUCUCUGUACCUACUGCCACAGGUGGAGAUCGAUCGCCGAAGGGAAGACGAUCGAUCUCGCUCUCAGAUAUCAAUCUUGCAUUGGUGUCGGAACCAGGUGUCUUCGCCAACUAUGCACGAUUCGCUGCUCCCCCUUCCCCUUCGACUCCAGUCCAGGCGAAGACCACUCAGCCUCCGAGCCGAGCCUCUUCCCCUCCGCCUGAAUACUCUUCGGGCACCUCCACUCUUGAAAUGACACGAUCGACUAUACUUGAGCCAUCGGCGCCAGCCAUUGACUCUCAACGCCUUGACCGACAUGCCCCAAAACUCGAAGGGUCCGUAUACACCUAUGACGGAAGGUUCUCAGACGCCGACACGGAGGAGGGAGAAACACGGCCUUAUGGUUACUUGGAGGAAUCUCAGGAUUUCGCUGAUGAUGACAAGUUGUUGGAUAAUCCUGCCUACCUUGAUUCUGUCAUCAACUCUCAGAUUCAAGACGACGAGUUGGAUGAGCUGGAAAGUCUGGCCAGAGAAGCUGAUCAGUUUACUGCAAGCGAUGAGCUUGUCCCGCGCCCUCUACAAGUGCCCGCACAUGGCCUCGCGGACUCGGCUCAGGAUACACAUAAUGCAGUAGUACUAGCACUGAGGCCACGAGUGUCAGAAUUGCAUGAGGUCGCACAUUUUCCCGAACCUAGUUUGCCUCAAUCACGACCGGCGCUUCCUGCACCCGAUGCAGAAUCCGAUCGAACCCCGGAGCCGUUCCCACCUAUCCAGCUAUCGCUACCUACAUCCGCGCCACCUUCCGAAACCGAUAGUUCAAGUUCAACCAGUGGGUCUUACCAUCAAGGAGAUCUUAGUGAAUCUCGAUUGUUCUCCCACGACGAAGCACAAAGCAUGUACAUGAGUGCUAUGAGCCAUGGUUUCACGGCGCGAAGCUUCAUGCCGAAUAUGCCGGGUGCUUGGGACUUCUCUGAAUCUCAGACUAUGAAGGAACCCGUUGCAGAGUAUGCAGUCACAGGCAGUUCUACCGGUGGCCCUGAGCAAGAGGACAACGAUGGGAUAUCUGUAGCGACACCCAAACUCACCCCUCAAUCUCAGCCAGCCCUGUCUCGGUCUCAAUCAACCGAGCAACAGUCGCCAGUUUAUCAUCCUCAGUCUGAUCGGAACGCAGGACUAUCCGUUCAGGCUUCAACUGGAGAACAGAAGUCGCCAGACGUUGCGAGAACAUUUUUUAGCAUUGAUCGGAUUCAGAUCUCAAUCCCUUCCAGCAACUCUGACCAAGAGGACAGUGAGGAAUCUGCAGGACCCAACCGAAGGAAUUCGAAUGACAACCCGAGGGGACCAACCGUCAAGUUGCACGAAUCCCUAGCAGAGGACGGCCUCUUGAACUCGUUGAUGCGAUCUCGUGGCGAAACAAUCACGCCUAUUCCUCCUAUACACGAUGCUAGAGUGUGGGGUCAGCAUGGACUUGGCAUAGAUAAUCACAUUGUGUUGGAAGUGUUCUCUGCAGAAGUCCAUUUUGACAUCGCAAUAGGUUGGCUGGUGGUCAAGGUUGGGCAAAAGAUACUAAAUACAUUCGGUGGUACGGCGGAUGACACGACAAGAGAAUCUCGUCCGCCACAGAAAUCGCGGGCGCCCCAAGCCUAUCGCAUUUUCCUUGAUAGCUUUGUUAUCAAGUUUGUUGAGCAUGUCCAUGGGCACGCAUACCCUCCAUCCCCCGACACGUCGAUAUUUAUUACCUCAAACCAAGAAGAAACUCUACUACAGGCCGUAAUCUCGGGCUGCAGAGCUGAUAUUGGAGUAGACGACGAUAUCACUACUCUGCAUCUUGAUGUGACCAAAUUCAUGGUGGGCUUUGCGGAUGAGGAACUAAUCUCUUUCAGCGAGGAACUCAAGAUGCGCGAGUCCAUUAGGGACGUCACUUCUUCGAGUCAAGGUGACAUCGCGUUGAAGGUCUACAUGUCUCCGAAAGCGAAAACGGUUGAGCUCAUGACACUCCCCUUGCAACUUAAUAUCAAUAUUCAGCGGCUAGAAGAGGCCAUGGGCUGGGUUGGUGGGCUGAGCACCAUUUUGGAGCUUGGAAGCUCCAUUUCAUCUAGCUCUUCCAGUAAAGGGCCGAGCAAGGACGCACCGAAGCGUCCUCGCGGUGUACACUUCGAGAGUGGCCCUCCCCCAGCGACUGCACAGCCACCUAAAACCGCACCCAUUAAGGUUAAUGCUCGCAUUGGGGGCAUUGCACUCAAUAUUAUCGGGGAAAAUCAUUACAUCAAACUUAGGACAACUGCACUUAAGCUUGUCAGUCGAUCUGAGGGCUUAGGAGUUCAGAUUGAUAAGGCGAAAUUGAGUGGGCCAUUGCCUCUGAAGUUCGACCGCGAUGCGCCCGCUACUGUGAGCUUGGAUGAUCUCAGAUUUGAAUACCUUUUUGCCCCCAAAGAGCGCGAUCUUGAUCGACUUCUCGCGUUGAUCACACCUUCGAAAGAUAAGUACGAUGAAGACGACGACAUAAUGCUGGAUACGCUUUUCCGUCAGCGUAAUCAGGGAUCCGUUCUUCGUGUGACGAUUGGCGGGAUGAAGGCCAUCAUCUCUCGAACCGCCGAUAUGGAGUCCCUUGCGCAGCUUGGGGACGAGAUAAGUCGACUGUCGAACGUGACUAAAUAUCUGCCUGAGGACGAUCGACCCGGGGUCCUGACUUUGUUAUUGAUCCGUGAUUUUGAAGUGCAAACAUACCUUGGUGGAAAGGUGGGCGUCAUGACAGCUAAGCUUCAGAAUACCGAAGCAGCAUAUAUAAGUCUUCCAUCCCUUGUUGCUGCUCAAAUCGGUCACAUACAGGUUGCAAGGAACGGAGAUGAGGAACUUGUCGGCGAUGCUCUUCCCGGCAUUGAAGGAUCUUCCUCUAGUGACACUGCAGCACCGGUUCUCAUGGCCCGCUUCAUCGCGGAUGAGAUGGAUCCUACGAUCAAGAUCAAGCUACAUGGCCUUCGUGCAGAGUACUCCCUUCCUUCCGUCAUCGCAUUCCUCGGACUCGGAGAUGAGUUGACAACCGGUGAUGUCGCUGCGAACAUGGCAAGUUCAAUAGCCAACCUUGCUGAGCGUCAGCCGGUGCAUUCGCAAAUGACUCGAAAAGAACCGAACCAGGAGUCUCCGUCAAAAGCCUCCAAGUUGACAGUCGAUCUUCGAGACUGUGUCCUUGGUCUGAAUCCACGCGGCACCCCUGCGAAGGGUCUCGUUGUCCUGACCAACGCUAAGUUCUCUGGUACCAUGCAUGACGUGGUCUCUUCGGAAGCGGUUUUGGAUCUUCGAAAGGCAUCGAUUAUGGUUAUCGACGAUGUCAAGAACGUUGACCUCACGGAUAUCCCUCAUCCAAGGAACUUGAACUCCCCUCAAACCGCCCAGGUUCAAUCUUUGAUUGGCAAAGGCUAUGUUUCAGUCUGCACAGUUUCUUCGGCCACGGCUACCGUGAAAAUUGUGCGCUUGAGUGAAGACGGGGACAAAUCUCUCGAUGUCGAGCUCAAGGACGAUUUACUCAUUUUAGAAACUUGCGCCGAUUCCACACAGACUCUCAUAAGCAUUAUGAAUGGGCUGCAACCUCCUACGCCCCCAAGCGUGGUCAUGAAAUAUCGAACCGAAGUACUCCCCAUACAAGACAUGAUAGCGUCUUUCACAGGAGAUGCAUUUGUGACUGAUCAAUUGGAAGAUGCUACUGCCGCCACGCCUGAUCACACCGAACAAACACGAGGUGUAGGAGAGGAACUGGAUGAUGAAGUCGAAUAUGUGAGCGUGGAUUCCGGGCAAAGCUCUCUGCAGGGAGCCGCCUUCGCGACAGGGUCAAAUGAGCUACUGGACAGUUUCCACUCGCAGUACCAUGUCUCGUCAAGUGUCUCGGAUCUCGACUUCCGUGAAGACCACUUUGCGCAAAAGUCUGCUGUUGGGGGUACGGCACAUAGAUGGGAUUCGACACAGAACACCUAUGGUCUCUCGGACGACUCGAAGCUUCAGAGAAGCCCCUUGCGAGUGAGAGUACGUGACGCUCAUGUGAUUUGGAACCUGUUUGAUGGCUACGAUUGGCAAAGAACACGAGAUACAAUCAGCAAAGCGGUUAAAGAGGUUGAAAGAAAGGCGACUGAGCGCCGUGCCCGCACCGGUAGUCGAGCGUCUCCGAGCUUUGACGAGGAAGAGGAAUCCGUCAUCGGAGACUGCCUGUUCAACUCGAUUUACAUUGGUAUCCCUGCCAACAAAGAUCCCCGAGAGCUUCGCAGCGAUAUCAAUCGGAACAUUGAUGACCUUGUCAGUGAAACCGGGAGUUAUGCCACCACUACAACUGUGACCGGAGCAAAUGUGCGGCAGAGUCAAUCACCUUCUUUGCGGGGAAAGAAACUACGGUUGUCGCGGAGCAAGUACCACAAAAUGACCUUCGAGCUUAAGGGAGUAUGCGCAGACCUGGUUGUCUUCCCGCCCGGCCUGGACGAGACGCAAAGCUCUUUGGACAUUCGGGUGGAUGAUGUGGAGAUCUUCGACCAUGUCCCUACCUCGACAUGGAAAAAGUUCGCAACUUAUAUGCAUGAAGCUGGCGAAAGAGAGAGUGGAACGAGUAUGCUACACCUCGAAAUAUUGACCGUCCGACCUGUGCCAGAGCUUGCCGCUUCCGAAAUCGUUCUGAAGGCGACUUUGCUCCCUCUUCGAUUGCAUGUCGACCAGGACGCUUUGGACUUUAUCUGCCGGUUCUUCGAGUUCAGGGAUGACACUGCACAAACCCCGACCGCUCCGAGUGAUGUUCCCUUCGUGCAAAGAGCUGAGAUCAAUGCCGUGCCAGUGAAACUGGACUUCAAACCUAAACGUGUCGAUUAUGCUGGCCUCCGUUCGGGUCGCACCACCGAACUCAUGAAUUUUGUCGUACUUGACGGAGCAGAUAUGACGAUGCGGCACGUCAUUAUUUACGGAGUUUCUGGCUUUGAUAAACUGGGUCAGACGCUCAAUGACAUAUGGAUGCCCGAUAUCAAGCGUAAUCAGCUACCUGGUAUCCUCGCUGGUUUAGCUCCUAUCAGAUCUCUCGUCAACGUGGGUGGAGGGGUCAAGGAUUUAGUUGUGGUACCUAUGCGCGAGUACAAGAAGGACGGUCGUAUCGUACGGAGUAUUCAGAAAGGCGCCUCGGCAUUCGCUAAGACCACCUCAACUGAAUUGCUUAGACUAGGGGCCAAGCUUGCGCUUGGGACGCAAACGGUGUUGCAAAGUGCCGAGGACAUGCUGACCAACGCCGGUGCACCAACUGCAGGUCAAGACGAUGAUCUUGGCGACGAUGAAGAUGCCAAGAAGAUCUCGCUGUAUGCCGAUCAACCAUAUGGGGUUGCUCAGGGUCUUCGAGGCGGGUUCAGAGGAUUGGAGCGCGACUUGCUCACGGCACGGGAUGCCAUUGUAGCGGUCCCUGGCGAGGUAAUGGAGAGCGGAAGUGCCAAAGCUGCUGCCAAAGCUGUGAUGAAACGUGCGCCGACUCUUAUUCUCCGUCCUGCGAUCGGUGUCACCAAGGCUGUGGGCCAGACGUUGCUGGGCGCGGGCAACACCCUCGAUCCGAGCAAUCGCCGCAAGAUGGAAGACGCGAAAGGCAGUAAGGAUAAGAGCCUACAAUCCCGACUAGCCAGUCGGGAUUUGAUAUACAGUAGGUACCUUACCCAGGCACUAAGUCUAUACAGGCGACAGUGGGUUGAUCUCAUUCUCCGCUCUUCGGAUGACUGGCUGCCUUAUCGGAAGGAAGUUUACUCGAAACGGAUGGAUGUUUUGUGGGCUUUGGAGCCGCAGUUUGGGUUAUGGGUAUAUGGUCUUGCUGGUGGUGCCAUGUACUCCAAAAGUACUCCCCUCCUCAUUGCUGCCCAAGUGGGAAUUUCCCGACGGGGCGAACAACUCGAACUCCUCUCCUCCCUCUGCAACCUCUCGCUCUACAUAUCGCUGCGGAGUCAAGGCACAAGCCGCCAAUCUACAAUGACGAUAGCUCUCGAGGGCGGGCCACCCUACUAUGGAUCCCCUCACCACCCCGACGCUAUACAUUAUAUGUCGACGUCGCCUGCCUCUGACCCUCUCCAGUCACUCGCUUCAAAACCCCCUGCUAUAUGCUCGGCAGGAUACGCGGGGAACCUGUCGCUGCACAAUUACCGCAAAUUGCUGUCAGACAGUGAUCCUUUCAUCGAUGGCCAGGACGGGAAGCUGCUCAGACGCAAAGACGCCGCUCUGCAUUUGAACCAGAACCAGCCUGGUUCCGAUCCAGCCAUUUUUCCUUGUCCCAUGUCAUCUCCAGCUUCAAGUCCGCCGCCACUAUCGCCGUCCUACUCCCCUAGCGCUAGAAGCGAUCAGGAUCCGGAGAUCCUGCACGGCUUUGGCCUGUCGCCAAGUGCCAUUGUGUCUGCCCCAUUGAGUGCACCAUUGAGUGCAACAUACCCUGGGGAGAACCCGCACAGGCUUUUGGUAUGCGAUCAGGAUACAUUCCGGGACAGACUCGAAAGCUAUCCCGAGCCAGGCACAGAUCCGGAAUGUUUCACCCGCAGACACACUAGGACCCGCUCCGACUCCAUUUUAUGGAGCAUGAAGAAAACAACAGCGACCAUUGUUGACCACGGCACGUCAUUCGAAAUCAUUAACCCGCAUGAGUCGCUCGAUUUUGCUCGGAUCGUCUCGUUCAUCGAGGAUGUCGAUGGCUAUUCAUUACGGGCCUCCAGUGGCCACCAGCGCGAUUCAUACAUCGAGGUGAUCAAUGAAUCGGAGGUAGUCCUCGAUCAUGAAGGCCAAACGGGCAUUGAACAGGCCGAGCCAUCCUCGGACACGAAUCCACAGCAGGUGCAUCACGAUCUGGUUGGAGACUCGCCGCACCUCCCCAUGCCGUCGAUAUCGGAACUCCUGGAAUGCGAGGAGGCCGAUGACACGCCCUCAAAUUACUCGCGCUCGCCCGGCCGCACGCGAAAGCGACCGGCGCCGCUCAGACCGCGGGCCUGGACUACGGACGAGGGGGACCUCGGGGAGCCGGGCUCUCCGAUCCGAGAAGAUAGCCAUUUUCGGUCGCAAUCACAUGUUCCACUGCCCGUCCCCUCCCCCUACUCUCUGGAUGGAAACCAUCCGCCCUCUUUGGCCAGCACAGCAGCCUACUAUGAUCUUGACCUCUGGUACGGGCCCCAUGGGAUCGACCCCAGCCGCCACGGUCAUCCUCAUCCACUCCACUCCAAUCCUGCCUCAUCACAUAAUCUCUGUCCGUCUCCCAUAUAUAUUCCCCAUACAGCCCUGCAUCAGCAGCAGGAGAUCCGUAUUCAGAGUGGGAUCACCAAAAUCACCGACCGUCGUAAGAAGAACGCUAAAGGCGGGGGCAGUGGGCCUCUCAAGCCUUUCAAGCGGUUAUACAACAUGUUUCAACGCAAGCGGCAGUGA